GUCUGUACGGGCUGGGCCCGAGAGUUCGGCAGCGCCCCAGGGCAGGCUGGGAGAUGUAGUUUCUGACGCACCUCAGGCCGGAAAUGACGUUGCCCCAAUCUACGGGCGGAGGCUGUUAACGGUGCGCCUCAGGGCGCCCCGUUCGCUGAUUGGCGAAGAGACCCCGAGGGCAGCCGCCCGGAUAGAGACUCCCGGAGCCAGGGGCUGCAACGUUACGUCCCAUCCUUCCAGGGACCAGGGAAGGGAAAUGGCUGCCGUGGGGCCAGUUCAGGGGCCGGUGACUUUCGAGGAGGUGGCUGUGUAUUUCACUGAGGAAGAGUGGGCUCUGCUGGACCCCGCUCAGAGAGCCCUCUACGGAGACGUCAUGCGGGAGAAUUAUGAGAACGUGACCUCGCUGGGGAUCCCAGUUUCCAAACCCGAUGUCAUCUCCCAGCUGAAACGAGGGGAAGAGCCGUGGGCCCCAGAUCUCUGGGGCUCAGAGGAAAGAGAGGUCCUGAGAGGCAGCCGCAUGGCACGUGAUGGGAUGGUGAGAGAGACCGUGGAGCAGAAUCCUCAGCAGGAAGAUGAGCAAGUGGAACCGCAGGGGAUGUUAUUGCAAAGAUGCAAAGGGAGUGUGUCCAGGAGUUGUGAGCAGGGAAAAGGCUCUCAGGGGCAGCACAGGCCAGAGAAGCGGCAGGGAAACCAGCCGGUGUAGAAAGUUGGAAUACCUGUUAAUUAUCGGGGAACUCACAAAAGCCUCAAGGAAACCAUGUCCCAGUAGAGAAUCCUGACAGGAGAGAGAAAUAACACGGGCUAUGAGUGUGGGAAAAAGUUCAGGAGGCGCUCACACCUUAUUACCCAUCAGAGAAUUCACACCAGAGUGAGCCCCUGUGGAUGCUGCGAGUGUGGGAAAACCUUCACUCUGCACUCACAUCUUAUUCGCCAUCAGAAGAUCCACACGGGAGAAAUCCUAUGAAUGCUGUGAGUGCGGGAAAACCUUCGCUCGGAGCUCACACCUUCUUGGCCAUCAGAGGAUCCGCACAGUGGAGAAACCCUAUGAAUGCUGUGAGUGCGGGAAAGCCUUUGCUCGGAGCUCACACCUUAUUCGCCAUCAGAGGAUCCACACAGGGGAGAAACCUUAUGAAUGCUGUGAGUGCGGGAAAACCUUCUCUCAGAGCUCAGGCCUUAUCGUACAUCAGAGGAUCCACACGGGAGAGAAACCCAAUGAAUGCUGUGAGUGCGGGAAAUUCUUCCAUCACAGCUCUUCUCUUAUUUAUCACCAGAGAAGCUGGUGACCUCCUAGAUGACCUCCUGAGGUCCCUUCCAACCCUGAUAUUCUAUGAUUGUUAAUCACCAGGUUCCCCCAUUAGGGACUGAUUGCCUCAUUCCCAGUUGUUCCUACGUUGCACUGCGUUCUGCUGAAUAGCAGUUGGGUUUUGUACCAUUUUUCUCAUAAGAACAUAAGAAUGGCCAAACUGGGUCAGACCAAAGGUCCAUCCAGCCCAGUAUCCUGUCUGCCGACAGUGGCCAAUGCAAGAUGCCCCAAAGGGAGUUAUCCUAACAUGUAAGGGUCAAGUGAUUUCUUGCCUGUCGUCCAUCUCUACCCUUUGACAAACAGAGGCCAGGGACACCAUUCCUUACCUAAUAGCCAUUAAUGGACUUAACCUCCAUGAAUUUAUCUAGUUCUCUUCUAAACCCUGUUAUAGUCCUAGCCUGCACAACCUCCUCAGGCAAGCAGUUCCACAAGUUGACUGUGCGCUGUGUGAAGAACUAACUACCUUUUAUUUUUGUUUUAAACCUGCUGCCCAUUAAUUUCAUUUGGUGGCCCCGAGUUCUUGUAUUAUGGGAACAGGUAAAUAAUUUUUCCUUAUUCACUUUCUCCACACCACUCAUGAUUUUAAAUACCUCUAUCAUAUCCCCCUUAGUCUCCCCUUUUCCAAGCUGAAAAGUCCUGGUCUCUUUAAUCUCUCCUCAUAUGGGACCCGUUCCAAACAUUUGAGUUGCCCUUCUCUGAACCUUUUCUAAUGCCAGUGUGUCUUUUUUGAGAUGAGGAGACCACAUCUGUACGCAGUAUUCAAGAUGUGGGUGUACCAUGGAUGUAUAUAGGAGCAAUAAGAUAUUUUCUGUCUUAUUCUCUAUCCCUUUUUAAAUGAUUCCUAACGUCCCGUUUGCUUUUUUGACUGCCGCUGCACAUUGCAUGGACGUCUUCGGAGAACUAUCCACAAUGAUUCCAAGAUCCCUUUCCAGAUUAGUUGCAGCUAAAUUAGCCCCCAUCAUAUCGAAUGUCUCGUUGGGGUUAUCUUUUCCGAUGUGCAUUACUUUACGCUUAUCCACAUUAAAUUUCAUUUGCCA